AACAGGAAUUCAAGUGGAUCACACACACACACACACACAAAUACACACUCCUGCGCACGGACACUUCAGUGCUCACAGAGUUACGCCGGAGUGGAGUAUCAGCACUUGGAGCAAGAAGAGGAGAACUGCACCUGUCUUCCACACACACUCCUGUCCUCACACACACACGCACAUACCCAGAGAGGAUCUCGCUGGUUGUCCCUAUGUGUGGAUGGGACCAAAGUUACACGGCGACCUCUCAUAGCUCGGCCAUGUUGACUAGUGAGGGGGCGCACACGAUGGAGCAGGACGACGCAGCCCACAGCGCCAAGAUGGCCUCCACAGCCAUCAGCACAUGUUCCGAUGAAACCAUGACUGACACCGACGUUGACAUGGAGAUGGAGGAGGCAGACAUGGCACAAUGGACAGAGAAGGAGUUUGAGGAGAAGUGCACGUACAUUGUCAAAGACACGGCGCUGGAGGCGGGGCCAGACAGUGAUGUCAUGACGACAAGAGCAGAGGCGUCGCUGCCCCGGAACCUGGUCUUCAAACACCUGGCAGGCAGCAAGGAGGUGGUCGGAGUGUGCAGCAGGGAGUACAUCCCAAAAGGAACUCGCUUCGGUCCCCUGGUGGGAGAGAUUUAUACGGCAGAAAGUGUCCCCAAAGACGCCAACCGCAAGUACUUCUGGAGGAUCUACGUGGACGGCGAGUUUCACCACUUUGUCGACGGCCUGGACGAGACUCGCUCCAACUGGAUGCGGUACGUGAACCCGGCCCACUCCGCAGCCGAGCAGAACCUGGCGGCGUGUCAGAACGGCAUGGAGAUUUAUUUCUACACUGUGAAGCCCGUACCUGCUGGCGCUGAGCUGCUCGUCUGGUACUGUCACGACUUCGCCCGACGUCUGAAAUACCCACCGUCCGGAGAGCUGAUGAUGCAGAAACUUAAGCAGUCACUUUUGGAGGUAAAGCAGCAGCAAGCAGACAGAGAGGAGAGCAGAAUUGAAGCGUCCAGCCCAUCUCCCAUUGCAGUCACCCCCAGCCUGCACAAGAGCGAGCACAGUGUUCUUUCCAUACUGCGUGGAACCAACAGCAACUCCUCCACCACCAAGAGGGAGCCCAGUCGUCCACUUCCAACCCGCCCACGCUGUGCUGAUAGCCCAGAACGCCCCCUGUACCCCCGCGCCAUCUAUCCACCUCUCAGAUCCCAUCUUCCCAUCUCAGAAGACUUUCUGAGCCACAAACCUGGUCAGCUUGUUUACCCCUUAACUCAUUCCCCUGGCAAACAGUCCUCAGCCACACCUAGUCCUUCUGCAAGAAGCAGCCCAGACAGCAGUCCUCAAGGUAGUCCUUCUGGUCCAGCAGCAUCACCCGCUUCCUUCUACCCCACUGGACUGAGUCCUUACCCUGGUUACUCCCCUCCACCUGCCCCACUCCCUUCCCCAUUCUACACUUCGGGAGCGCCCUACCCACGUUACCUUCUUCCCCAUCCGUAUCCUCUACCUGGUGGUGGUGUCCCUGCUGUCGGAGGAAUCUUUCCUAGGCUUUACCCUGUCUACAGCAGCCUCUUACCCCCUCAUGUGCCCCUCCUGCCUUCUGACCCAGCAGGGAGGCGCUUUCUUAUGCCUGAACCUGUACGCCCCUCCUGUAUAUCUGGCCAGAGAGACUUCCUCUUUCCAGGGCCCACCAGUGCCUUUUCAGCCGCCACUGCUCUGAAAGACAAAGCAGGGUCACACAACCCGUAUACCAUGCACCCUAACCUGAAUGGACCAGCCCAUGCUCCCUCCAGCGGCUCACCAACGGCUGGCACAGCGCCUCCCAGUGAGCAGUUGCCCACUAAGCCUACCUCUGCCCUCCUGGGUAAUUCUAGCGAUCAACAUUCUGAUGAAGAGGCUAUAAACCUGACCAAAGGGAAGCGUGGUGCUGGCUCAGCGGGUUACAAGGCAUUGCCUUAUCCUUUGAAGAAGCAGAAUGGCAAAAUCAAGUACGAGUGCAAUGUGUGCAGUAAGACAUUCGGGCAGCUUUCAAACUUGAAGGUUCAUCUUCGCGUGCACAGUGGAGAAAGACCCUUCAAAUGUCAAACCUGUAGCAAAGGUUUCACUCAGCUUGCUCACCUGCAAAAACACUACCUGGUUCACACUGGAGAGAAGCCACAUGAAUGUCAGGUAUGUCACAAGCGAUUCAGCAGCACCAGCAACCUGAAAACUCACCUGCGCCUUCACUCAGGGGAAAAGCCGUAUCACUGCAAACUCUGCCCAGCUAAGUUCACGCAGUUCGUCCACCUGAAGCUGCAUAAACGCCUUCAUUCCCGCGAGCGUCCACACAAAUGUCCCCACUGCCAUCACCACUACAUCCACUUGUGCAGCCUGCGACUUCACCUGAAAGGCUACUGCCUGGCAGCAAACCCUGGCUCUGGGAGCCCAAAUGUUUCUAGCCAGGCUUCAUUGGAAGAGAUCCACCGCGCCAACGAGGAGAUAGAGCGCUUUGACAUAAGCGAGCAUGCGGAGCAACUGGAGCAGCUGCAGGGAGGAGUGGAGAUGGAUGCCAUGUUAGAAAAGCAGGUCUUGGGGAUGCUGUGGAGAGAGACUGAGAAGUCCCCCCACUUUCAUGCCUACCAUAAUGGCAGUGCCACUGAGCUACUGUCAACCGGAUAUGGUGCUUAUGAGUCCCCAAACGAGACAUCGGUAAUCAAAAUGCGGCACAGCAGCCCCAUCCCACCACUUCCCGCUAAUAUCACUGUCAAGAAAGAGUCAGAGGAUCAUGCCUAAAUGGCCUUUUAUGUACAAGAGACAGAUUUUAGACUGUAUGGUGGACUUGUUUCCAGGAGCAAUAGCUGUACAUAAGGUUGUUUAAAGAAGUGGCAUCACUAUGUUUUCAACCUAUCAGGGACUCGCAUACUCAGGGCUGCAAGAGACACUGUCCCAUGACUACUCAGUGAUUUCAGCAUUUACCAGUUUUAGACAAUCACCUAACAAGGAUUAACUUUUAAUGUAAUAAUAUAAUUCUAUUAUCAUUAUUAUAGUAUGAUUUUUGUCUCUUUUCAAAUCUAUUUUGUUUUUUUAUUAAUUUGUUGUUAUGUAAUCUAAUUUAUUAUAUAUUUUUUUGUUUUGUGUCUUUAAAAGCAAUAAGUAAAAUGGAUGUUCAGACUGAUGGGGUGAAAACAUAAGUACAUUUUUUUCCCUGUGGUCAUUUCUUUGUAAAUAGUUGUUCUUUUUAUGCCCUUUAUUUGUCCUAUUACCUCUGACCAGCAGAAACAGGGGAAUCCAUUCUUCAGGGUUUUACCUAUUUAAAUUUUGAAACCAAAGUAGCAGGUUGAAAUGGUAAAAAUUAAACUUGCCAAAGUAUGGCACAUAAUUUUGCUCAUUAGGAGACAAAAGCUUUAUUUCAGCCUUCAUCGAUAGUUUACCUGAAGUUUGUGUCCUUUUCUGAUGUUUUCUUAAUUUAAUUGGAACAAAAAGGGCAUUUUCUUUUUGUAAAAUUUUCACAACAGUUACCUCAGUGUGGAUGUGAUUUAUGUGUGUGUUUGUGUGUGUCUAAAGGAAUAGCUGAAGGUGGGAGUUUUCUAUUUAUUAGAUUUUUUUUUCUACUUGAAGAAAAACCAAACUAAACUGGAGAGCAGCUCUUCACGUGGUCCAAAGUAGCGGCGCGGCCCGCUUAACAUGUAGCACAAAAUGGACUCAGGAGGCUGGUUAGCCGUGUUUCCCCCUUCUCCCUUCUUCUUUCAUUUUUGUGAAUAGAUUUGAAAAUUUACACUAUAUAUGCUAGAAACCAAAGUUCACUUGGCUUUCAUUUCAAAUGCACACCAAAAAGUCAAAAAAGGACAAAUCUAAACAAGGGAAGAAGGACUCAAGGAAUCAAAAUGCUGAAAAAAGGAAGGUGAACUUUCUGUAUAUGAUGAAGUGUUUGCUCUUUAGUUCUGUUAUCAGUUUUGUAUGUAUAUAUUUUUUUAAACUUUGUUCUUAUUUGUUAAUAUUUUUUGUUUGAAAAAAAAAAACAGCCCCAUUCAUCUGCUGCCUUGUCAAGAACACCUAAGCACCUCGGCCCUCUUUUAUGCACUGGCCCCUCCCUCUUACUUUAUGUCUUCUGGGCCGAAGCUUUUAACAUUUACACUGUGUAUAAUACCUAUGAAACUGGUCAAAACUGCAUUAAUACUUAAUUUAAUUUUACUAAAACAACUGUGAUUUUUUUCGUAGCAGUUGUGCAUCAACCUUUGAAGUCCAUUUUUCUGUUUCAUCGUGUUUCUGAUGACCAAAGCAUGUUUUCUCUGGUCAAAGCUUUAACUCCAGAGGAGAAUCCUGUCUUUGUUUACAUUCUGGUUUCCAAAGUUAUUUAAGUGCAAAAAUGUCAAAAAUGUAAAUUAUGAUAUAAAUGUUCACUGUUUUAAUUUAA